UGCUUGCUGCUGCUUUGGAGCUUGCUUGCUGCACCCAUUCAUCGUCAACAAUAACGUCGCCAACGCCACACACCACCCGCCAUGUUCUCAUCAUUCUCGCGCAUCCUGUCGGCUGAUCCGACGCCAAACGAUGAGAGACAAGACGAUGGAACCAACGACCAGCAACAGCAACAACAACAGCAGGAAGCGCAGGAAGGGCAGCAGGAGGAAAGGCAGCCGUCAUCCUCUUCUUCCUCCGUCAUGAACUCCUUCUUUUCCAGAAUGCAAGGGUUUGGGUCCCAGCUGAAGCAAGGCGUCAACCAAGUGACGUCUGUUGCCUUUUCGGACUUUGACAAGGAGCACCAAAAGUUCAUGCAGGAGAAGCACGCCAAGCUGAGCGGUGCUGCUGUCCCGCCAUGGGUUGGCUGUGACGAUGAGGAGGAACUGCGCUCCAAGAUCCUGGCGCUGUCCAACGACGAGCGCAACGUCACCCGCGACCCACCACCGGGCGCGCAGUUUGACUUUGAUUUUGACGUGGCCUUCCCCAUUGCUCAGGCCACCUUGCUCGAGGACCACCGCCUCGACCAACUCCGCUUCAAGCUCGUCCCCAAGGCCAUCUCGGAGCACGACUUUUGGCGCAACUACUUUUACCGCGUGGAGCUCAUCAAGCAAUCCACCGACAUGGCCAGAACCAUGGCACAGAACACAGACCAGCUCUCCAGAGGAGAUGCGAGGGCGAGACGCAGCAGCGAAACACAACACAGGACGGAGAGGGAUGCGGUGAGCGAAGGUGACGAUGGCGGUGAUGAUGAGAAUGAGGGUGAGGGUGAGGGUGAGGGAAGGGAGAAUGAGAAGAAGAAUGAGGCGCAUGCAGAAACGACAGACGAGGACACACAACACGCAGACGCGACGCACGGCAGCCCUGCCCGCUGCAGCGCCGACAGUGGCAGUGAUGAUGCAGCGAGCAACAGCGACAACCGCAACAACGAUGAUGUUGAUGACGAUGAUGCAGGUGAUGAUAACGCUGGCAACGACGGUGCUGAUGUGAACGCGGGUGAUGCUGAUGACACGGAGGAUGACACAAAGGCAACGCCACAGAAGGACAAAGCAGAGGAACCCACGUCCGUGUUUGAGAAAGAGGGAUGGGAAGACGAAGUGCGCGGCGAAAUCAACAGCUUGCAGGAGCUUGAGGACGAAUUUGAUGCGGAAUUAGCCGGCCUGGACCUCGACGACGACUGCGAAAUCCCAGAUGAUCUCGACCAGCAGCUCGAGCAGAUGCUCACGGAGGAAGACCUUAUGUGACGCGCGGUGGACACUGUAAUGUGAUAUGUGUGUGUGUGUGUGUGCGUCUGUGUUGGUUUGUUUGUUUGUCAUUUGCCUCAUGAGCAGCCUCUCCUUCUCUCUUCCUGUCCUUGUUAUCUGUUUGUGCUGAUGUGUACACAACUGCUGCCACGGACGUGUGUCACUCAUUGUUUGGUGCAAUGUGAAGGAAAGGGCUGAAACGACAUGGACUCCAAUUAAAGAAGCAGAAAGAAGUGAGA